GUAACAUCUUGGUACAACAAAAACAUCAGAGAUUAUUUUCACAAGCAAAAUUUAGGCUUAUCUCUACUGGAAAACGAAGAGUUACUUCAAGAGCUUGAAGAAAUGGAAGUCAAACUGAAAGAAUGGAAUUCCACGGUGGAACAACUGGAAGCUGAAGCGCUUAAGAUCUUGCUUUCAGAGGACUAUACGGAAAAAGAACAUUUAAAGCUUUCAAACCAGAAAAUCUGUCUGUUGCGUGAAGAAGCGUGCUUCCAUAUGGAAGAAAGGAAAGCCCUGCUACAAGAGGCCAAUGAUUUUUUUCGUACUGCUGGCAAGGUACUUGAUGGUCUUGAAGGUAUUGAGAAUUACCUUAAAAUCUUUAAUUCAGAAGCCUUACAUUUGCCUAUCUUGACAAUGAAGUAUGAGGAACUACAGGAAGCAGUUAAAGGUUGCACAGUGAGCGCCUUGCAAAAGGGACAAACGUUAGUUAAUAAAGCAGAUUCUCACAGUUCUUGGGUGACGGGAAUUCAGAAAAUGAUGGAAUAUGUCCAAAAAAAAGUAGAUCAAUUAAUCAAGCAGUGUCCAGAUUAUAAAGAGCUUACUUUGAAGAAACAACAAUGGACCGCCUCACUUGAAGAUCGUCUGAAUAAGGUAUCACAGUCAAUUGAAAAUAUCUCCUCGAUGCUUGUCGUUGGUGUGGAGAUUGGUUCGUAUUUGUCCGAGUCGGAAAGAGUUUUGAACGAACACCUUGAACUGGCUAAGCAAACAAAGGAAACUUCACAUGAACUGGAAGCAGCUGAGAGAAUCAUCAAAGAUAUGGAAGAGUUUGAACCUGAGCAGGUGGCAGUUUUUUCUAGCAGAACUGACUUUCUGAAUGAAGAACUGAAAAAAAUUGAAAAGAAGAUUAAUUCAAAACUAGAAAUUCUAGAAACUUAUGUGGCCUUUUUGAAGUCAGCUGUGGAGGUGAAUGAUUGUAUUCAAAAUCUGAAGGAAUUCUAUAAAUCAGAACAACUACAACCAAACAGGGAGGCUGAGAAUAAAAUUGCAAUGGAGUCAGCUAAUACUCAGUGGCAAAAGACUAUAAAGAAAAUUUUUUUCACCCAAAACAUGGGUUGCAAUUUUCUUAAUUUAGUAAAUAUGGUAAAUAACAGUUUAAUAUUAGCAGUAGAAAAAUCUGUACAAGUAACAGAAGAUAUCAUUGUUAAUCUGAAUAAAGAAAAGAAAGAGCUGACCGGUCUUUGGGCAAUGUGGAAUUUUAAAGUUACUCAAGUAAAACCCAUCAAGCAACAGUGCCGGAUAUUUAAAGAACAACUAAAAAUUACAACCCAUGGAUUAGAGAUUAUUCAAGAGGCGCUCCAGCUUGCAGCAACAGUUGACCUUGGAAGUGACCUUUUUAUUGUUUUGGAACUACAAAAAAAGCUUAACCAAAUAAAACCACAGUAUCAGCAACUGAAUGCUGAGCUUGAGUAUCUGAUAAAAUUAUCAGAAUUGCCAAGCCAAAAAGGAUGCCAGGAAGAGAAUUCUAAGAGAAUAAGUGAACUUACUCAUCUCCAUCAAAUGGUAAAGGACACAAUAACAGAAUAUGAUGAUAUUUUCAACAAGACAGUCAAAUUCCAUCACAUUAAAAAAGAACUGGAAUAUCUGUCAAAAUCAGGACAACUGGAUAUUCCUGAAAUAUGUGAGGAUCCUGAAAACGUGCACUGUGGUAAAGCCUACCUUGUGAAUGCUCAGGAGAAACAUGCACAUAUCAGACAGUUAUAUCAACUGCUUAUUACCCAGGGAGUGGACAUCUUGUCUGCGCUGCAGCAACCUAAUUGCUUGAAUGUUUCUGUAAAGAACCUGAAGCAAGAACUUGCUAAAUUUGAGUGUGAUAGCAUUAACUGGAGCUCCAAAGCUGAUAAAUAUGAGGAAGAACUGUCACAGCAUCUCCAACACUGCACCACUCAAGAGGAAAUAAAUGAGCUCAGAGAAUCAUUUAAGGAUCUCAAAAAGAAAUUCAACAAUUUGAAGUUUAACUAUACAAAGAAAACUGAAAAAGCUCGAAAUUUGAAAGUACUUAAAAUGCAGAUUCAGCAAGUUGAUACAUAUGCAGAGAAAAUACAGAUUCUUAGAAAGAAGAUGGAUAAUUUAGAGAACAAAAUCAUUGGCUGUGUAGCAAACGAUCGUAAUGCUAAAGUUAGAGUCUUCUUGGGGUCAAUCACUGACUUACAAAAACAGCUGAAUGACUUUAGGAGAGUUGUGGAGGAUUACAAGCAAAAUCUGGAUCUUGUGGAGCAUCUGCAACAGAUGAUGGAAGAGUGUCAAUUUUGGUUUGAAGAUGUAAGUGCAACAGUCGUUAGAGUUGGCAAGUAUUCUGCGGAAUGCAAAACAAGAGAAGCAAUAGAGACUCUCUACAAGCAAUUCAAUAAGUUUAUUGAGCCCACAGUGCCUCAACAAGAAGAAAAAGUUCAGCAGAUUAUAGACCUUGCUAAACGGUUAUAUGGUAUUGAAGAAGGAGAAAAGUAUGUUGAAAAAGCCGUAUCAAAGUACAAAGAAACAAUAAAUUCUGUUGAUGAGUUGUGUAGAUCUCUGAGAGAACUGAAGGAGAUUAAGAAAGAUGAGUUUUCUGUAGAGUUGGUCACUGUUCGAAAAGAAGAAAGAAAUGGUCAAGAAGUAUGUGAGGUUGUUUUUAAAGACAAAGCAGAGGAACAAAAGCAGCAGAUGGCAUCAAGUAAAUUGCUUAAAAAUUCAGAAAGCAUUACUGAGAAGAGAAACAAUACUCUGUCUCCUACCAACACUAAACAGGAGAGGAAUAAAUUGGCUGAUGCUCCAAUUAUCUGUCCAGCUGGUGAGGAUCUUGUUUCACAGGAUACAGAGCUGUCAUCUUCAGCCAAAGAGGAUAGUUUACAGACUGAAUUCUUGGCAGAAGAAAUACCCUCCGGAGAUGAAUAUGAGUGUAUAUCACCUGAUGAUAUCUCUUUGCCACCGCUUUCUGAGACACCAGAAUCCAACCUCUUACAUUCUGAAACAGAGCUAGAAGAGCAGUGCUGUUCUAGUUCUCAUAGUCUGCAUGUCAGUUCCUAUAGCUUGCAAAUGCAGAAAACCACUACUAUUAAAAAAGUGAUGGAAGCGUCUGAUCUCUUAACAAAUUCUGCUUAUGCUGAUGCUACAAAUAAUAGAAUGGAAAGCCCAUCAGAUCAGUUUGAGAAGUUUUGUAUCUCUUCAACAGAUUCUGGUCCAGAAGUCAGAGCUGUAUCUCCUUUGACUUGUUGCUUACAAGAAAUACCUGAAGCUAGCACUGCUUCCUGCACUAUAAAUGCCAAACCAGUAUAUAGCAUGAUGAGUGAAGUAUGCAAAACACAUUUGCAACACCUUGAACUUCAUAAAAGCAUGGCAGAAACACCAGAACAAUUGCAUGACUUGAAUAAUCGUACUAAAACCCAGGAUAGGCUGCAUGCUUUGCCUGAUGCAUUCUCAGGUUUUGUGUUUCAAUCAGACGCCACCAGAAGCUGUCAGAGGCAGAUGGUCACCCGAGAAGAGAUUAAAAGUUCAUCAGAAAAGAACAGCAUGGCCAGCCUAACUGGACAGGCGCCUAACUUCUCCCAGCUUCUGUCUAACAAAACCGUCCUGGAAGGUUCUCCGGUAACUUUGGAAGUAGAAGUAACAGGAUUCCCAGAGCCUACACUGACAUGGUACAAGAAAGGCCAGAAACUGACUGCAGAUGAUCACUUAAAGCUUUUACGAAAGGAGACAAAGCAUGCUUUGUUCAUUCAGAAGGUGUGUGAUAAAGAUGCUGGCCUCUAUGUUGUUCGGGCUAAAAAUUUGAACGGCACUGUCUCCUCAAGUGCCAUUCUCCACGUGAAAGGUAACAGGCCACCUAUUACAAGAAUAGACUGGAUAAUGCUGUGUGUCAUCUAUAUUAGCAUAUCACUAAUGUACUGGCUAGUCACAAAAUAA